GCGACAUUCCCGGAAGAAAGUAAGCAGCUGAUCGCGAUGCUUCACAAGUAAUCAGUGCGAAUGAUACCUAAGGGUGGGUCAAAUUUGCCCUUUCAGCCAACUAGCAUUUGCAUGAACGGCCAGUCGCGUGUGUCCCCCUGUCAGCAGAGCAGGCAUGCCGGGCGGAGUGGAAAGCGGCGAGUUUGUGGGGAGCCUCCCUGCCAUCGCCUCCCUGAACGCCUCCUACUCGCAGGCCUCGCUCACCCACCCGUCGUCCUACUACCUGCCCCCCGCUGAGAAGAAAGCCGUCUCCGACGUGCGGCGCACCUUCUGCCUCUUCGUGACCUUCGACCUGCUCUUCAUCUCCCUGCUCUGGAUCAUCGAGCUGAAUAUCAAGACGAGCAUCAAGGAAAGUCUUGAGGAGGAAGUCGUCAAUUACAACUUCAAGUCGUCUUUCUUUGACAUCUUUCUCCUGGCUGUGUUUAGGUUUCUAUGUCUACAGCUGGGCUACGCAGCUCUGAGACUCAAACAUUGGUGGGUCAUUGCGAUAACCACGUUAGUCACCAGUGCCUUUCUCGUCGUCAAAGUCAUCCUCUCAGAACUGUUCAAUAAGAAUGCCUUUGGCUACGUGCUACCCAUCACCUCCUUCGUGGUGGCCUGGCUGGAGACCUGGUUCCUGGACUUCAAGGUGCUGCCCCAGGAGGCCGAGGACGAGAGGGCGUACCUGACUGCAGUAAAUGCAGCAUGUGAGCGUGCGCCAAUGCUCUACCCCAGAGCCGUCUCCGAUGGCCAGUUCUACUCUCCCCCAGAGUCUCUGGCAGACUCUGAUGAGGAGCUGGACGAGGAGGGCUUGGGGAGGAAAGCUGUCACUACACAGGAGAAGGAGUUUGUGCGGCAGGGCAGGGAGGCCAUGUCUGUGGUGGAACAGAUUCUCUCCCAGGAGGAAAACUGGACCUUUGAGAAAAACAAUGAUAUCGGGGACUCUGUGUACACCCUGGAGAUUCCCUAUCAUGGGAAAACCUUCAUCCUCAAGGCCUUCAUGCAGUGUCCUGCAGAGCUUGUCUAUCAGGAGGUGAUUCUGCAGCCGGAGAAGAUGGUGCAAUGGAACAAAACAAUAUCAGCCUGUCAGAUCUUACAGAGAGUAGACGACAACACUCUGGUGUCCUACGAUGUGUCUGCCGGAGCAGCAGGAGGGGUGGUGUCUCCCAGGGACUUUGUGAAUGUGAGGCGUGUGGAGCGCAAGAAAGACUGCUACAUCUCCGCUGGCAUGGCAACCAAUCAUGACGCCAAACCUCCCCACGCUCGCUUCGUCAGGGGAGAGAAUGGUCCCGGCGGCUUUGUGGUCCUCAAGUCUAGCAGUAAUCCCUCAGUCUGCACUUUCAUCUGGAUCCUGAACACUGACCUGAAGGGUCGUCUGCCGCGGUACCUCAUCCACCAAUCCCUGGCCGCCACCAUGUUCGAAUUCAUGGCCCACCUCCGCCAGCGCAUCUCAAGCAUGCGACCCCCGGUCGCCUCCCCUUCCUCCCACAGAUGACUUUGAGCCACAGAGGGUCCCUGACAAGCACAGCUCCUCUGCAGGCAUGGAGGAGGUACUGCAGCCAGAGAACAAUUGACAGGGAGACUGGAA